AUGAGCGGACGAAAUGAGUCCGCCGUAUCCCUCGGAACACCAACAGUACCACUAAUGGGUGUGGAACGCGGAAGUGGCGGAGGCGGGAGCGGUGCGGGGGAUGAGACGUACAACGGAGUGGCGGCGACCGAGCGCGGCGACGAGCCGCCCUGCAAGAGGAUGAAGUUGCUCGCUGCCGACGACGUGGCCGCGCUGCGGAAGCGAGUGCUCGAGUACAAGCUGCUUCGGUUGAAGAACCUGCGGGAGAGGUUUACGGAGCAAUUGAGCGAGCUGUACUUCCUGCAGGCGGGGGGCAACAUGAUGGACUACGCAGCGUGGCGAAAGAGACCUCCCGCCCCUCAGCUGGUGGCCUUCCUAGAGGCGAGGCGGCCGCCCCCCGCCGCGCCGCCGCCGCCCGAGCCGCCCCCUGCGCCCGCGACCGCGCCCGCCCCCGCCCCCGCCGACGAAAUGGUCGAGAAAGCCAAACAAGAGGCGUACGUCGCGGCUCGUGUGGCGGAGCUGGCGCGCGCGGGGCUCUGGACCGAGCGGCGGCUCCCGCGCGUCCUCGAACCUCCUCGUCCAAAGACACACUGGGACUACCUUCUCGAAGAAAUGGCUUGGUUGGCUCAGGAUUUUGCACACGAACGAAAAUGGAAAAAACAAGCUGCCAAAAAAUGUGCCCGUGCGGUUCAAAAAUAUUUUCAAGACAAAGCUGCAGCGGCUCAGAAAGCUGAAAAAGCUCAAGAAUUGCAAUUAAAAAAAAUUGCCGCCUUUGCGGCAAAGGAAAUUAGGAUGUUUUGGUCAAACGUCGAAAAGCUGGUGGAAUGGAAGCGAGUGCGGCGAGUCGAAAGAGCGCGCAAGGAGGCGCUGGACGAGCAACUGAGCUACAUCGUGGACCGCACGGAGCGCUACUCGCGCCAGCUCGCCGCCAACCUGGGCGCGCCGCCGGCCGCGCCCGACACGCCGCCCUCCGACGACGAGUUCCAGCCGCGCGGGGACUCCGACGACGACGAGGAGACCAUCGCCGCCGCCGAGCGCGAGGCGGCCGACGACGGCGCCGACCACGGGGACGAGAUCGAGGCGCUGCGGCGCGAGUCGCACCUCGACCUCGGCGACCUGCUGCCGCCCGGCUACCUGCCCGCGCACUCUCCGCCGCCCUCCGACUACGGGCCCGACGACGACUCCGCGGACGACGAGGACACCAUCGCGGAGCAGGAGCGCAGCGAGCGCCCGGAGGACGCAGCCGCUGAACUGGCGGCUCUCAAGGACGAGGCCGAUCUCGACAUAGACGAACUCGUCAGUCGCUACGCGGGGGCCGCUCCACCGACGACGGAGGCGAGCGAGCCGUCCUCCGCGACGGACGUCGACACUGAUGACGACGACGAAGGCGACGACGAUUCGCAGUCCAGUAGCGCCGAUUCGUCGGCGUCGGAGCAGCUCGAAGCGCUAAUGGACACCGAGGAAAAGAGUACGACAGAGGCACAGGAGAAGGGGGGCGAUGCGGACGGGGAGCAGCGGGUGGAAGCUGCCGCGUCGCUGGCGGCUACGUUGCAGCCGACGGGCACCACGCUGUCGGACACGGUGGUGGGCACGCCGGUGCCGCGCCUGCUGCGCCACGCGCUGCGCGAGUACCAGCACGUGGGGCUGCACUGGCUCGCCACCAUGCACGCGCGCCGCCUCAACGGCAUUCUAGCCGACGAGAUGGGGCUCGGGAAGACCAUCCAGACCAUCGCGCUGUUGGCGCACCUGGCGCUCGAGCGCCACGACUGGGGCCCGCACCUCGUCGUCGCACCCACUUCCGUCGUGCUCAACUGGGAGAUGGAGUUCAAAAAGUGGUGUCCGUCGUUCAAGAUCCUCACCUACUAUGGGACGAUAAAGGAGCGAAAGUUGAAACGUGUCGGGUGGACAAAGGCUAACUCUUUUCAUGUGUGCAUAACAUCUUACAAGCUUGUGGUUCAGGACCAUCAAAGUUUUCGUAGAAAAAAGUGGAAAUAUUUAAUUCUCGACGAGGCUCAAAAUAUAAAAAACUUCAAAUCGCAGAGGUGGCAGAUGUUACUGAAUUUUCAGACAGAAAGGCGCCUGCUGCUGACGGGCACGCCGCUGCAGAACAGCCUGCUGGAGCUGUGGUCGCUGAUGCACUUCCUCAUGCCGGACGUGUUCGCGUCGCACACGGAGUUCCGCGAGUGGUUCGCGCCCGUGGCCGGCAUCGCCGAGGGCUCGCACCGCUACAGCGACGCGCUCGUGCGCCGCCUGCACGAGGUGCUGCGGCCGUUCCUGCUGCGGCGGCUGAAGGCGGACGUGGAGCGCCAGAUGCCGCGCAAGUACGAGCACGUGCUGCUGUGUCGCUUGUCCAAGCGGCAGCGCUUCCUCUACGACGACUUCAUGUCGCGAGCUAAGACGAAAGAGAGUCUCGCGUCCGGCAAUCUACUGAGCGUUAUCAACGUGCUCAUGCAGCUCCGCAAAGUUUGUAACCACCCGGACCUGUUCGAGCCGCGGCCGGUGGCGUCGCCGCUGCAGCUGCCCGCGCUGCGGUACCGCGUGCCCGCGCUCGCGCACGUCGCCGCCGUCGCCGAGCGCGCGGAGCUGGCCGCGCGCCUCGGGGGAGACCUCGCCACGCUCGAGGCGGCGGGCGCCGGCGCCUUCGCCGCGCACCGCGCGCGCCACCUGGCGCCGCCGCGCCGCCUCGUGGAGGAGCUGCCCGACGCGCCGCGCGCCGCGCCGCCGCGCCCGCCGCCCGCCGCGCUGCGCCUGCACCUGCGCCUCGUGCCGCGCACGCCGCCGUCGCUGCGCGUGCCGCCCGCCGCGCCGCCGGCGGCGCCGGGCGCCGUGUCCGCCCCGCCGCGCCCCGCGCCCCCCGCGCCGGCGCCGCCCGCCGCGCCCGCCCGGGGCGCCGCCGCGCGCCUCGAGACGCAUCGCCGCAACUGUCUCCGACGCCUCGCCGCGGUCAACGAGCGUCGCUGCUGGCGGCUUCCCCUCUUCGGGGCGGACCUGCGAGCGGCCGUCAGUGCCGGGCCUCCCGUCGUACCUCCGCGCGACAUGGCCGCUCUCCUAGACGAAAUGCACGAUAUAAUAGACAGAUUCGUAAUAUGCUGGGCGUCGUGCCGCGCGGCGGCGCCGCAGCUGGAGAGCGGCGCGGGCGGGGGCGGGUGCGCGGGCGCGGAGGGCGCGCGCGCGUGGCGGCGGCGCGCGGCGGCGGCGGGCGCGGCGGCGCUGCCGCUGGCGCGCGCCGCGCUGGCGCUGCUGCACGCGCCCGCCGCGCGCCGCGCCGUGGCCUUCCCGCACCCGCGCCUGCUGCAGUACGACUGCGGUAAACUGCAAACGUUGGACGGGCUCCUGCGACGAUUGAAGACGGGCGGACAUCGCGUGUUAAUAUUCACGCAAAUGACGCGAGUGCUAGACGUUCUGGAGGCUUUCCUGUCUAUGCACGGCCACACGUACCUGCGGCUGGACGGCGCCACGCGCGUCGACCAGCGGCAGCCGCUCGUGGACCGAUUCAACGGGGACCCGAGGAUCUUCGCCUUCAUACUGUCGACGAGGAGCGGAGGCGUCGGUCUCAAUCUCACGGGAGCGGACUCGGUGGUGUUCUACGACUCGGACUGGAACCCCACCAUGGACGCGCAGGCGCAAGACCGCUGUCACCGCAUCGGACAGACGCGGGACGUGCACGUGUACAGGCUCGUCACCGCCGCCACAGUCGAAGAAAAUAUACUACGAAAAGCCGAACAGAAACGAACUCUCGGCCACCUAGCUAUCGAGGACGGUCACUUCACUACCUCCUACUUGCGUGCCGCGAAUAUCAAAGAGCUGUUCGGAGCGGAGGCGGAGGGCGCGAGCGGCGGCGACGCCGAGCCCGCGGAGGGCGGCGAGCUGGAGAGCGCGCUGGCGGCCGCCGAGGACGAGGCCGACGCCGCCGCCGCGCAGGCCGCGCGCGCCGAGGCGCAGGGCGAGCUGGCCGAGUUCGACGAGACGCUGCCGCUGGACGACGAGCGCGAGCGCGCCCCCGCCGCCGACCCCGACGCGCCCGAGCUCGCCGCGCUCAUGAAGCAGUUGACGCCGGUGGAGAAGUACGCGAUGCGACUCGUGGAGAACAGCGAGGCGGCCACGGAGGCGGAGCGCGCCGCGCUGGGCGAGAUGCGGCGCCAGCUGCGCGAGUGGGAGCGGGCGCGCCGCGCGCUGCGGGACGAGCCGGGCGCCGGCGAGCCCGGGCCCGAGCUCACCUACAGCCGCGAGGACGCGCGCGCCGAGAUAUGGGUUUGCGGGAACCACCCCACGGAGCAAAUGCCGAUCUGGUGCCCGCCCACGCCGCCGUCCAGCGACGGCGACGUGUACUGCGAGAGCUGGGCGCGCCCGCUGUACCGGCGCGGCGCCGCCGCCGACGCGCUGCUGCCGCCCGUGCGCUGGCGCGAGGCGCGCGCCCCGCGCUCCCCGCGCCGCGCGCGCCCGGCCCCGCGCGCCGCCCACGCGCCGCCCUCGUUGUUCGAGCGCGCCGGCGCCCGCCCGCGGCCGCGCGCGCGUCCUCCGCCCACCCCUGCACGCGAGCACGUCGCGCCGCCGCCCGACUGGGCGCCCUGCGAGGACGCCGCUCUGCGCCGUGCGUUACGCCUGCAGCGCCUGCCGCCCGAGCCGCCCGCCGCGCACGUGCCCAACUGGGACUGGCUGGCCGAUCUCGUCAACGAGACGGCGCGCGCCUACCGCUCCCCGCGCGCCUGCCGGGAUCGCCACGACGCGCUCGCCGACCCGGAGCGUGCGCGCCGCAAGCACCGCAAGCCGCCGCCGGCGCGCCGCCGCCCCGACGACGAAGCGCCGCGCCCGCCGCUGCAGCGCCUCGACGCCAUGCGGGAAGCCGCCGAGCGCCGCCGCGCCGCGCCCAAGCGCCGCCUCGACGACGCCGCGCACCACAACCCCAAGCACGCGGCACUGCUCGCCGAGCACGGCGUCGACUACGACGCGCCGCCGACGCCCAUGGAGGUUGCCGUGAGGCGCGCCGAGCGUAUAGCGAAGGAGAAGAUGAAGGCCGGCGCGGGAGUGGCGACCGCCGCCGGCGUGUCGCAGCCCGCGGCGACGGCGGCCCCGGCGCCCGCCGCGGCGCCGCAGCGCAUCGUGGUGGCGGCGCACGGCGCGCAGGCGGCGCUGGCGGGCGCGCCGGGCGCCGGCAAGGCGGAGGCGGCGCGACGCGCGCGUGUGGCCGGCGAGGCGCCGCGCGCGGCCGCGCCGCCCGCCGCGCAGCUGCUGUACCGGCAGCAGUCGCUCGCCACACGACACCAUCUCAAGAUCUUGCAUCACGCUUCACCGCCUCACUCGCAGAGCGGGUCGCCGAGCUCGAGCGCGGUGUCGGAGGCGGGCGCGGCGCUGCGCACGCUGCAGUUGCAGCAGCUGGCCCUGCGGCGCGCCGGCCGGGCGCCCCCGCACGUCGUGCUGGCGCACCUGGCGCCGCCCACGCCGUCCGCGCCCUCCGCCCCUUCCGCCCCCGCCGCACCGAACACGCCCCCUGCGCCCCACACGUCCCCCGCGCCCCACACGCCGCAAGCGCCCGACAACACGCAACAAUAA